AUGCCAGGUCGUCGGUCUCGCGCUUCGGGCGCACCCGAAUCCUACGAGCUUCCUGCCUCGCCGCCUUCUGCUGCUGUCGAGCAGCCUCUGCUCAACAGCGACAACUCGUUCGCCACAGACGCUGACACAAGCGGAGAUGCAUCACUUCAACGAAUCUCGCGCCCACGAUGGAGCCGCCAGGGUUCUCGUCACUCUCCGGAAGAGCGCGCCCACGACGCCAUGUUCACCUCGAAUUCUGCUUACUUCGAUCGUAGUGCAUCGCCAGGCCACCCAAUGCCCAUCCAAGAAAGACCCUUCAAACCCCCCAAUGUUGGCUACUCCAGGCCAGUAUCCGCAGCCAGCUCUUACAUGCUAGGUGCUCGCCGUCAAAGCGACUACGACUCGGUCUACCAGCUUUGGCGCCAAAGCGGCACCGCAAGCAUCUACGAGGACUUCCCCGACGAGAGCACCGCCGCCUUCCCGGACCACAGGCGAUCGAGCUCGGCGAUGGACCUGGAAAAGAUCGAACAGUAUCGUGCCGGCGGUCUAGAUCCAAAAGCACCCAAGCCGAUGAAAGCUCAGCAACAGAAUCUUUACAAGGCCGAAGCAGGCGCAAAAGGGCCCAAAGACUAUCGUGCUGUCGGUCUUGCCAAAUAUGGCAAAGGCAAAGACCAGCGCAUGUCGCCCAAAAAGAAGCUUCUCAUUCUUUUCGCAGUCGCUCUUGUCAUUUGCCUCCUCACCGUGGCCGUGGUCGUUCCUAUCACGCAGAUCUUGCUCAAAGAAGACAGACCCAAUCGAUCUGGUGCUGCCUCGAACGCCAACGGCUCCGAUCAGGGCUCCGGAACCCCUGGAACAGCCAGCAACGGCCCGCAGGACCCGGUAACACAGCAGGAGAUUGCCGUAUGGGGUACCAAUGGAUCCGUCAUCGACCUCGGCAAUGGCAACAACUUCACCUACAUCAACAACUUUGGCGGACGAUGGGCCUCGCAGCCACUCAACAACACCGCUCAAGCCCAGAACUAUACUCCACCACUCGAUCAGGAGUUCGACUACGCUCGCAACAGAAUGCUCGGUGUCAAUCUCGGCGGUUGGCUCGUCACCGAGCCUUUCAUCGUGCCUGCUCUCUACGAGCCCUACGCCAACACUUCGAAUCCCGUCCUUGACGAGUUCUCCUUGUCCCAGAGGUACAUCUCCGAAGGCGGCGCCGACAACUUGCGACAGAAGAUGACCGAGCACUAUGACACCUUCAUCACCGAGCAGGACUUUGCCAGCAUCGCCGCUGCUGGUCUCAACUGGGUGCGACUGCCCAUCGGCUUUUGGGCAUUCGAGACGUACGCCAAUGAGCCCUACUUGGAAGGAGUCUCCUGGAACUACGUGCUCAAGGCGAUCCAGUGGGCGCGCAAAUAUGGUCUCCGCAUCAACCUCGACCUCCAUGCCGUUCCUGGCUCGCAGAAUGCCUACAAUCACUCUGGCCGUGUUGGCUUCAUCAACUUCCUGCAAGGGCUGAUGGGCCGAGCCAACGGGGAUCGCACGCUCGACUACAUCCGACAGGUCACCCAGUUCAUCAGCCAACCCGAGAUCCGCAACGUCGUUCCCAUGUUCAGCGUCAUCAACGAGCCCUACGCCAUCACAAUCGGACAGUCGGCGCUUCAAUCGUGGUACUCGCAGCUUUACUCUACCUUGCGCGCCAUCACUGGCACUGGUGCCGGCAACGGCCCUUACAUCACCAUCCACGAUGGCUUCCUGCCGCUCAACUCGUGGCAAGGCUUCUUGAGUGGUGGCGACCGUAUCGCAUGGGACACGCAUCCUUACCUCUGCUUCGGCCCACAGAACACGGAUCCGUGGGAUGUACAGAUCCUCAAGCCGUGCCAGCAAUUCAGGCCGCUCCUCGAUAAUGCUCGAGCCAACAUGGGCGUCGCCAUGGGAGGAGAGAUAUCGCUGGCCAUCAACGACUGCGGUCUUUUCUUGAACGGUGUUCGCGAUGGAACUCGCUACGACGGCACCUACUCGGGCCCUGCUGCAGGGAACUACCCCAGGAUGGGAUCAUGCCAGCAGUUCAACGACUACGAGAACUAUUCGGACGAGAUGAAGCUGGGCCUGCGCCGCUUUGCAUUGACUUCGAUGGACUCGCUGCGCGAUUUCUUCUUCUGGACUUGGAAGAUCGGGAACAGCGUGAGCACAGGCAAGCCAACCGCACCCAUGUGGUCGUACUCGUUGGGACUGCAGCAAGGUUGGAUGCCGACCAAUCCAAUGGUCGAAUCGAGUGGUGCCUGUGCUGCUCAAGCCUCUCGAUUGGGCACAUCGGUGCCAAUGGCCACGUGGGGAAGCGCUUUCCAGUCGUGGCAGACGGGCCGCGCAGGAAGCUACUCGCCUAACACGGCAGCCAACCCUUAUCCGCCGCAGUCGCUCGUCUCGGCGAACACUCCCGUUUCGUUGAUGCCCAGCUACACGGCCACCAAGUCAUUCACGCCUGUCCCGGCUCCCACCCUGUCGGUGACUGCCACGGGAGCUGGACAGCCGACCGCUGCCCCCACGAUUGGCUCCGUGUUCCGACCGGAUCUCAACAGUCCUGUCUAUACCGAGAUCAGCGGAUGCAACUAUCCCUCUGAUCAGUACAAUUUGGGCGGCUACAGUGCCUCCGGAUGGCCGUGUAGCGGCUGA